AUGUACCUGCGCCCAGGCUUCAUCGUGGUGAUUGUGGGAUGCGUCUUGACAGGACUGUCGAGCGUAGUGGUCGCUUGUCGCUACUACUGCCGCUACUAUCUGGUUGGCACCGUGACAGCGACGGACCAUCUCAUGCUCACUGCUCUGGUGCUUACCUGGGGUAACCUGGUGGUGAACUACUACAUGGAUGAGACAAGCAGCCAUACCCGGCCAAGCUAUUAUCGCAUUCCGGAGAAGCGGCCGCUCAUGAAAGAGCAUGUCAAAGGCAUCAUGAUCACGUGGUGGGUGUACCGCAUGUCGUACGUGGCAGCGCUCUGCUUUGUCAAGCUCAGCAUCCUCUACUUUUUCAAAAGCAUCGCAUCGCACCGUACCCUGCGGCACGUCGUCAACGGCACGAUUGUCUUCGUCGGCGUGUACUCGCUCGGGGCGAUCAUCGCCGCGGCAUUCCAGUGCAGGAAGCCGUCCGAUGCAUGGAACACAGACGUCUACUUUGCCCAGUUCGACACAACGCCGAACCCGGAUACGCCGAAGACGCAAUGCUACGAUCCGACCAUAUACUUCAUGUUUACUGCCGCCCUGAACCUGUUCAGCGACGUGGUCAUCCUGCUGAUCCCAAUCCCUACGCUGCUGAGCCUCAGCGUGCCACUGCGACAGCGCCUGGCUCUCGUAGCGAUCUUCUCGGUUGGCAUGCUGGCCAUCGUAGCCUCCUCAGUACGCAUGCGCGUGAUGACGCUCUGGGCAGCCUCGCCGUGGAACAGCGCCAUCUAUGGGUCCGACCUGCUCCUCUGGGGCCAAGUGGAAACGAACAGCGGCAUCAUCUCAGCGUCGGUGCCGUUCCUGCGGCUGCUGUUCAAGCGCAAGGAGCGCGUGGAGCGGCUGGCAUCUGGACGCAAGGUUGCGGAGAUAUGCAGUCCCCGUGUGGGCGGGAAACCGCAGCUCGAGCCGUUGGAGAUGGACACGGUGGUGUUGUGCCCCAAGGCUGCGCACGAGCUUGGCGACGAGAAAGACGAGGAGGCGCAGACGGGGUGGAGGCCGUUCAUCACCGUGCCAGCGAGCCUGGGAGAACGCAGCUGGGACAGCACGAGGGCGGCGCCUACCAGUCCGAAGACGCUGGCCUGA